AUGGUUGUAGGCUGGCCAAAAACAACUAAUGAACAGGAACGAUUGCAGCUAAGUAAGAAUAUGAGCAGCAGUCAGAGACAGAGGCAGGUGGAUGCAGUGUGUAGGGACCUCAUGUGCUAUGGGCAUGAAGAGGAUAGCAGGAGAUGUCGACAGAACGACCAGAAAAGUUAUAAUUCAGAGUUUCAGAAGAAAAACUCACCUACAGAAGAUAUUGAUCAUUGUUACAAUGAAAUUGACAAAGUCCCCGACAAUGGAUACUUUGUCCUCAAACCCCGACAAACCCCAUCCAUAACAGACAUUGAUAAAAGUCUUGAAAAAGAAAGUCCAUACAAUGAAACAGAAGAAGGAGAGUAUGAUCAUUUGGGAAACAAUAUGUCAAGAAGAAAAAUCAAAGAAGACACAUACUCCCACACAUCUUCAGCGAAGGACCGUGGAUAUUCUGAUUAUGAUGUCACAAACCACAAGGAAUACCAGGAUCUGGAAAAUACAUAUGAUCACACAAAUAAAUAUAUUGAGCCAGAUUACGGACAUUCCGAGAAUAGUGCGGGACAAAACAACUACGGUUAUGCCGAAUCACUGAAUAGGGAGUUCGGAAAAGAGAAUUGCAUAUGAUGAGUAGAGGUCUAGAUUCUGACAGGGUGUCA